GGAUGUACAACACAACCACCAAGUUAAAAAAAAAGAAAAAUGAAACUUGUCAGGUUGAGUUCCUCUUAAUAAGUUCGGGUAUUACAGCAGCAAGAGGUUUCCUUGUAGACAGACAAAAAGAGUGCAGUGGAAGCCCUCGCUCCGUUCCAGUAAUGUCCUUGCCGUGGUGGGAGCUGGGCACAAACAGCUCCUCCCAUGUGGACAACAGCAGCUGCUUCAGCUCCACUCAGAGCACCGUCCUCAAAGGAGUCGUCUUCGGAGGGGUGCACGUAGUACUGCUGCUCGACUUCAUUGUCUUCGUGGUGUUGCUGAUCCUCUUCUCUAUCAUCAGACGAAAGUUUUGGGACUAUGGGCGUCUGGCACUGGUAUCAGACACUGAAGGGUUCAGUGAAACAUCUCACCGCCGCUAUGGACGCAUGUCAUCCCGUGUUUCCAACGCAGAGGACCCUGAGAAUGAACUGGGUUGCUGUGGGUGGCUGCCUUACAUCCUCAGAAUGGAUGAUGAUAUGGUAAAAGCUAAAUGUGGCAUCGAUGCAGUCAUCUACCUGUCCUUCCAGCGUCACCUGAUCGCCUUGCUGGUACUAAUAACUAUCGCCUCCAUCUCAAUCAUCCUGCCUGUCAACCUGACUGGAGACCUGCUUGUAAAUGAUCCAUACAGUUUUGGAAGAACAACUAUCGCCAAUCUUCAAAAGGGAAACAAACUGUUAUGGCUGCACACCGUGUUUGCAGUCCUCUACCUGGUCCUGACUGUCGUUCUGCUGCGACGUCACACAUCACAGAUGAAGGAUUUGCGCAGGGAGAUGACCAGAAACACCUUGUUUGUUUGUUCAGUCCCUAAAGAUGCCACAGUGGAUGCUGUAAAGAUGCAUUUCACAGAGGCAUACCCUUCCUGUCGAGUGUGUGCUGUGACCCUGGCAUAUGAUGUGGCCAAACUCAUGCACGUUGACAAGGAGAGGAUGCGAGCUGGAAAAAACCUGCGCUACUAUGAGCGGGUCAUGGUCAAAACAGGGAGACGUGAAAUGAUUAACCCACGUUUGUGUGGUCAGCUCUGUUGCUGCCCCACCUGCAACUGUGAGGAGGUAGAUGCCAUAGAGUACUACCGCAAACAAGAAGCAGACCUUUUGGAGGAAGUGAGGAAUCAGGCAGAAGUGGUGCCACAGCACCCCCUGGGGAUGGCCUUUGUCACUCUGCAGACCGAGGCUAUGGCCAAGUAUGUUCUGAAAGACUUCAAUGCGCUGGAGUGUGGCAGCGGAAGUGGCAGUGGAGGAAGCUGUUGUUGUGGGCGGGAACCACAGCCUUCAUCCAAUAGUGGACCUCUGAAAGUGAAGAAGUGGAAAGUCAGCUUUGCACCUCACCCAAGGAAUAUCUUUUGGGAAAAUCUGUCCGUGCAGGGUUUUUGUUGGCUGCUGCGUUGUGUGCUGCUCAACUUCCUCCUCUUUUUCUUGCUCACCUUCCUCACCACUCCCUCCAUCAUCAUCAGCACCAUUGACAAGUUCAACGUCACUAAGCCCAUCUACUACCUUAACAGUGCUGUGAUCAGUCAGUUUUUCCCCACUCUCCUGCUGUGGUCAUUUUCUGCCCUACUGCCCACCAUCGUCUACUAUUCGACACUGGGAGAGGCACACUGGACCAGGUCGAGUGAGCAGCUGAGCAUGAUGCACAAGCUGUACAUGUUCCUGCUGUUCAUGGUGCUCAUUCUCCCCUCACUGGGACUCACCAGCCUUGCAGUUUUUUUCCGCUGGCUAUUUGAUACAGAGUUUCUCAAUGAUGGGAAACUGAGGUUUGAGUGUGUGUUCUUACCUGACCAAGGGGCAUUUUUUGUCAACUAUGUGAUCGCAGCAGCCUUGGUGGGUUCUGGCAUGGAGUUGUUGCGGUUGCCAGGGUUACUACUUUACACCAUCCGCAUGGUGUUUGCUCGCACGGCUGCUGAGAGGAAAUACGUCAAACAGAACCAGGCCUAUGAGUUUGAAUAUGGAGCUAUGUAUGGCUGGACCCUCUGUGUCUUUAGUGUCAUCAUGGCUUACAGCAUCACUUGCCCUGUCAUUGUGCCCUUUGGUCUCUUGUACCUGAUACUGAAGCACAUGGUGGACAAACACAACUUGUACUUUGCCUACCUGCCUGCUCGCAUGGAUCGGCAAGUCCACCUGGGAGCUGUCAAUCAAGCUGUGGCUGCACCCAUCAUUUGCCUCAUCUGGCUUUAUUUCUUCUCUGUCCUCAGGACAGGCUUCAUGGCCGCUACGUCUCUGUUCACCCUGGUGGUCCUGUGUGUCACUGUCUUCAUCUGUGUCAGCUACACCUGUUUCGGACACUUCAGAUACCUCAGUCCACACAACUACAUGGUGAAACAGGAGGAUGAGGAUGCAAAAGACGGAUUGGCAGAGAAUGUCAUGGUCUACCUUCCCAGAGUGCUUAGUCCUGACUCGCCAGCCAGCCCGCCAGAGGAGUCUAAACCUCAGCAGUUUUAUGGCUCAACGGAGGAGAGUCCAGCUCACUGUGCCAACCCAGUGGACGACAGCCUCUUGGAUCACUGAAUCGGAGCACUGGAGUCAAGAUGCCCUUCAGUGCUGAUUAGGAAUCUCCUACCUUUGAAGAUCAUUUCAGUGAAGUGAGUUUCUUGUAUCAGAGCUUCAAGUGAACUCUUCCCGGCUGCUGAUUCAGAAACCGCCCGAGGGAAAUAACAGAAAGUGGAAACGUUUCCAAAGUCUGGAGUUAUGCCGUCCAACACAAGGAAAGCAUGGAAAAUAGAAGACACUCUUAUCUUCCAUUCUGGAAAGAUAUGAAAUGAAAGUAUUAGUGAAAAAACUGCCAUAGAUGUAUUGCUCUUUAAAGGAAAUAUGUAAAUGACAUGAAACCAUGAGGUCUCUUUAAACUGCGGGUUGGUGGGCUAGAGAAAUGCAUCCAUGGGAAAUUGAACUGAAUGACAAGUUUUAACUUAAAGCCAUUCUAUGCAACAGAAAUGCAGUUAAAAAAAAACAGUACUACAGUUAAAAUACUGUACUUGCCUUAAAUAGACACCACUGACAAGCAGUGAUGGAAAGAAUGCUACAAAUUGCUAAAAGUACAAAAGUACAAAGUACUGUUACUUGCGGUAUUGCAGUAAAAAUCUACUUUAGUAAAAUGAAAAAGUAUCUAAUUUAAAAAAAUACUUGGAGUAAAAGUUUACUCUCCAGUGCAUUGAAGAGUUACUUUUUUCAAAACAAUAACUUUGUUGUGUGUGAUCUUAACAGGAUGAGUACACGGUUCAAACUAGAUUCUUUUAAAAGCGCGUCGUGCAAAAUUAAUAAGGGCUGAAUGAAGUGAGGACCCUGUAGGCUCAACUGACAAAUAAGCACAUUAUAUGAUGGUGAGUCUACAUGGUUCUCAUCAUCAGGCCCACUCCCUUGUAUCAUUAUUCUUUUCUCCACAUGUAUUCCACAUUUUUGCCAGUUGAGUCUAAACAGUCUUCACUUCCUUCAACUAUCUGCAGUUUUCAUAGUGCAGCUUUUACUGGAAAUUUGGCAGUGACAAAAAGUAGAACCAAGUAGAAACAGUUUCCUCUUGUCAUCUUUGUUCACUCUUCAUUGUGAAAGGUUCAACAAUCUGUCAUUGAUCAUUUGUUCUCUGUAAUGGCUAUGAUUUAAAAUAUACUGAAAUGCAAUAUGUGAGCAAAAUGCACUUAGGUAAAAGUAAAAUUACUUACUUAAAAAAUACUCAAACUACAGUUUUUUAAAAAAAAAAAUCUACACAGUUACAGCAUUAUGAGUAAAUGUAAUUAGUCACUAACACUUCUGCUGUCAAGGACCAGUUCACCAAAGAACGCUAAGCCAAAAAGUGCCUUUUUAAAACCAAACUAAACAAAUAAUACACCUUAAUAAUGAAUGUGUCCAAGUUGAAGCUGAAGCCAAUUAUGCAAAGGCGACCAAACUAAGACAACCAAGCCAUAGCUGCUGAUGCCAAAUGGGUGGAAAACAUUCCACCCAUGUUUGUAAUACUUGUCUAGGCAGAUUUGUGCCUAGUUUUGUAUUCUCAUUUGUGCCUUUUUUUUUUUAAUUCCAAAAGCCAAGUCCUGCCAAGUGUUGAAGCAAAUGACUGAUAUUAUCCUAGCAGCCUUUUUUUGAGCACAGAACAUGUAUUUACUAACAAGGGCUUCCUGUUUUGCUUCAUAUAAGCUGAUAACAGUACAAACAUUUGUCUCAGUGUCAGUAUAUUUGUUGCCAGCACAUUCUCUUGUUGAAUUUCUAGAUAAUGAUAAUAAUGAUUAGAGCCAUUAUUUUGAUUAUUGCCUUAAAUGAGAUGCUGCAUUAUUUUAAUCAGAGUAAGAAAUGAUGCCAUGUUUUCAUGACUGUACAAAUAAUCAAGGACUAUUUUUGUAAUGGUAAUAGAGCCAUUUGCCCUAACGUUUUGCCUGCAUAUUUUUUAUUUUUGUUUAAUUGUUUUUUUGUUUUGUUUUUUUGUAUAUGGAACUAAGUCAUUGUUUUAGCAAACUGAUCUCGGUGACGUCCAGUGCAUUCAGUGAUAAUGACAAUCUUGCUUCCCAAAAAUCCAGCAGACAAAAUGUUACUAAUUUAUAGAUGACUUAUAUUAAUAAUUAACCAUUAACAUGUGGUAUAGAGUUACGUGUCCUGAAUCAUGCAGUUGUAAAAUAAGUUCACUGGUUAUGAGUGUGCCUUAGCAGUGGGGGGCACUGUUGAUCUGUGACAGGGCAGCUUCCCUUCUGCGGUGAAACAGGAGAAAUGCACAGUGUUGGACUGACGAUUUCUUUAACUCACUUUGACACUGGUAUGAACCACUUUAUUGGGUGGCAAUUCCAGUAACUCCACCUCCUCACCUGAUCUUUCCCCAUUGUCUCCCUUCCUGCUCCCUUUCCCCCCCAUCCUCUUUUUCCCUGCCCUUUUCCCCUUUCUCACCACGGUACCUACCCCAGCUGAGAAAGACGUCUGUUCUCACUGAAGUGUUUUUUAUGGGGCUGUAAUGAUUAGCACAGUUGUUAUAUGUGGCUAAUGAAGUGCUAAGCUAACAAAACAUAUCUUCAUUGUUAGCUGAGGUGAAAACGGGUUUUGUUAUUGGAUCAGGAUCAGUGUACCUUUUAUGCAGGUUCACAUUAGUUCUUGAAAUGAACAGUGAAAAUCAGGAACAGCAGCCACAGAGGUGGUUCUUAAUGGCUUUACCAACAAAUGAAUGUUUCUUGGCUUUAGGAGCUGACACACUUCUUCUCUGUCAGGUUUUACUAAUUUGUUGAUGUAUACAUGUGCACACUCAUGUGCGCACUUUUACUUAGGGGCAUUAACACCCUUAAAAGUCUUAAACUAAUGCAGAUUUAGAAAAAAAAAAUCUUAAGCCCAAGGGAGGUCUUAUGGGUGCAACUUUGUUAUCAAAGUCAUAUUAAUAGAGAAAAUGACAACAUUAAGAAAGUCCAGUGCAGUCCAUGUGCUUUGUGUGCUCAUUGUGUAACAGAAAACUCAGCAGAGUGCAUCAGUGAUUGCCAAAAUGUGGCAAUGAAAUUUUGAAAUCCAGCUCCACCCAUUUUGGGAAAAUCAUAUCAUAUAAUGUGCACAUCCCAUACUAUGUAUACAUGUAUUUCCUCCUGCUAAUAACUGUAUAUUUAGAAAGAAAACCUGUGCAAGCCUCAAAUGUUGUCCACUACACAACAUUGAAAAGUAUCGAUUCUAGCUUUUUUCAUUGUCUUAAUCUGCAGUUUCACAACAUCUGAGAGCACAAAGGUUAUCAGGUUUGCUUUAGCCUGAAUGUUGGAUAGAGAUUAAGAGUUACAAAACAAUCUGUUGCUUGUUCGCUCAUACACAACUGUUAUUUCAUUGUGAGAGUGUGAUCAGGUAAUAAAGGGCACUGUUUAAAGUUUGCUCUCACACUGUGUUAACUGAUCUCCCAGUGUGCAGUAAUUGAGAAUAUAGCCAAUAAUCUAGUCGGGUUUGUAAUGAAAAUCUAAUAAUCAAACAAACACACACCGCAUGAAUCCCGUGCACAGAGA